UAGCGAUCCAUUUAUGUUUAUUUAUCUAUGGAUUCUUAACAGUAAAUGACAGGAAUAGUAAAUACGAAAUAUAACCUAACUUUAUUGUAGUGCCAUCAACGUGAUUUAUAUUAUUUAUAAAAAUAUAAUACAGGUGCGUCAGAAUACAUUAACAUUACAAAUCAUGUCUGACGAUUCAGUUUUGGAAUCAAAAGAAGAUUCUUUUGAAAAUCAUCCAAACUUUUCCGUUUUUAUCCUCGGAAAUACAACAUGUCGCGCUUGUUUAACACAGGAUGAAGACAUGCAACCAUUAUUUUGCAAUCAAGAAUGGUUUUCCUUCGAUCCUGGUUAUGAUGUUCUGAAUAUGUUUAUUUCUUGCACUGCUCUCAAAGUUGCCGCUGAUGAUUCCUAUCCAAAACAUCUUUGUAAUAGCUGCUUUAAAGAACUCGUUGAAGCUUACAGUUUUUGGAAAAAAUGUAGACAAUCUGUUGAAGAAAUGGAUAGACUAAAUACAGAAUUGAAUUCAGUAGAAAAUAAACACAGGACUGAUAAUUUUGAUGUAUUGUAUGAUGAGCAAGAAGUUGCUAUAUCUACAGAUGAUCAUCCCUAUUCUGCAAGUAGAAAAACACCAAAUUGUGAAGAUUCAGUUAUAACAAAAGAACCAGAAUGCAGAGCUGAUAUCCAGCACAAAUUAGUAUCAAUUUUUUUAGAUAAUAAUAACACAUUAGAUGUAGAUAUUGAUGUUGAAUCAAAUAAUAAUUCAAAUAAUUUUUCAGCUCAUCUUAAAAAUUCAGAUUCAAGUUUUCUGAAAGAAUAUCAAAAGCCAAAAUGCACCAGAUGUCAAUUAACAUUUUCUGAUAGAAAACAAUACAAAUAUCAUUGGCAUAAAUGCCACAGUAGACAAGCUCAAUUUAAGAAAUUUACUGACUCUCAGGAAACAGUAAAACAAGAUAAACUAGUAAUGACAUCUGAAUCAUUUGAAGAUGAUGCUGAAAAUUAUCCUAAAGAAUCACUUCCAGAUCAAUGUGAUUUUUCCAGAAUUUUUGAUAAUAAUGAAGAGGAAACUGAAACUAUUUUUAUAAAUAGAUGUGGUAAAGAUGACAAAGUAGUAGUUUUAACCAAUGAACUUGAACAAAGUAGAGAGUUUGAUGAUGGUGUUAGCGUUGUUGAUUGUUCUCCUGAUUUGAAUAGUUUUGACAUUAUUUGCCAGGAUUCACAAAAUCUUCCAAGCAAUAAAAAAAUGCACAAAUGUCGUACAUGUGAUAUAUAUUUUAAUACCAAAGAGGAACAUAGAAGACAUUACCUUAUACAUUCUCAACGUUUGUGUUCAAUAUGCGGAUUCAUCACUAGCUCAAGCAGUUGUUUUCAGGAACAUUUAAAAAUACACUCUGAUUUAAGACCUUACAAAUGCCAAACCUGCAAUAGAAAAUACAAAUCUAUCAGUUCAUUGAAGGUUCAUGAAACCACUCAUAUUGGCGAAUUAAAAUAUGCUUGCAAUCAUUGUGAUAGAAAAUUUGUAACAUGGUCUUCUCGAUUUAGUCACAUAAGAGCCAAACAUACUCCUUAUGAUAAGCAUGUUUGUGGAUUUUGUUCUAAGGGCUUUCCAGAUGCAAAUAAGCUUAAAGUACAUGUCCGUCGGCAUACUGGGGAGAAGCCUUACUCUUGUGAAGAAUGUGGUAUGGCAUUCAUUGAAAGAAAGAAUCUUCAAAAUCAUAUGGUCUCACACACCGGUAUACGCAAAUUUGUAUGCGGUUUAUGUGAUAAACGGUUCUUACUUUCAAAGCAUUUGAAACAGCAUAUGAUUACGCAUACAGGCGAAAGAAAACAUAAAUGUGAAGUUUGUGGAAAAAGUUAUACACAAGCUCAGGUUUUAAGAAACCAUGCUAAAAUGCACAAAAAACCUGAAGAUUCUUUAUCCGCGAUUGAAAAUGAAGAUUAUAAUUAA